AUAAACAGAUCAGCUGAGAGUCAGGAAGUUUAAAUACCAGCAGACAGCAGAAGCUUCAUUUAACCAGCUCGGGUUUAACAUGGCGAAGAUCGUGUCUAACCGUAUAAUGCAGCUGCUGUGUGAUAACAUGGGCUGUCUGGAGCUGGGGCAGGUGGACAGCGUGCUGAAGAAGAGCUACACGGUGGAUGAAGGUCUGCUGAAGAGGCUGCUGUCUGACCGCAGCAGUUUUGAGAUGGUGGAGCAGAGCACCGGGCCGCUGCUGGUGGCCAGGACUGACCUGCGAGUCUGCUGCAAACAGGGCGACGACUGCCAGGACUGCGGCCAGCUGCACAUCUGCAGGUAUCUGGUGUGUGGAAAGUGCAAAUUUGGGUUUAAGUGCAAGAAUUCACAUGACAUAAAAUCUCCACAUAAUUCUGCACUCCUGGCAUUAAAAAAUCUCAUUCACCUUGAAGAAGCUCAGCUGUUCCAACUGUUGCUGCAGAAUGACCCAACUCUUCUUCCAGAGGUGUGCCCUCAUUAUAAUAUAGGGAAUGGAGAACAUGGCAGUUGUAAGUUUUUGAUGACCUGCAAAAACCUGCACCUCUGCCAGCACUUCCUGCAGGAUGACUGUAAAUUUGGAGCUGCUUGUAAACGGGCUCAUUCCUUUGAUGCCGCCGCCAUGAAAAUCCUGAAUGCCAGAGGACUCAGCCCCGAAAACCUUCGCAACCUUCACAAAAUAUACAAGAACAGAUUUCUCCUGGCUGGGAACGAUGAGAAACCUGCAGCCAAACCAGUGGAGAAAGGCAAACAGACGAGCAGGCAGCACUCCAGUAACUCUGUGAGUGAGGCCGACCGCAGUGAAAUCUGUCUGUACUUUGUUCGUCAGGGAUGCAGUUUUAAAGGGAAAUGUGUCCGUGUUCAUCAUGAUCGACCUUAUAAAUGGGAGGUUUUAGCCCAGGACGGAGUGACAUGGACACACAUGCCUAAUGAAGAGGAUAUUGAGCGAGCCUACUGUAACCCAGCUAAUGAGAAGAGCUCUGGACCUCAGCCAGUGAACUUUUCCUCAAUGAUGUGUGGAGGAGCUUCAGUACGUCGACUUUCUACAGCAUCGUCCGUUACCAAACCUCCUCACUUCAUCCUGACCACUGAGUGGCUCUGGUACUGGGAGGAUGAAAAAGGACAAUGGAAUGAAUAUGGUCAUGGGGACGAUGGAAAAAAUGUGUCCUCAGUGUCCUCGGAAGUGUUGGAGAAUUUGUUUCUCGCUGAAGUUGAAACUGAACUCACCUUCAGCGUGGGUAAUCAAAACUAUGUGCUCAACCUGAAAGAUAUGUGUCAGCAAAACAUAAAGUACAAGACAAAAAGAAAGGUUCGAAGGAGGCCACAAUUCGUUUCAGCUCAAGACGUGAAGGGCAAAUUGAAAAGUGACACCCAGGAAAGCUCCAGCUCCUCCUCUGUGGAAGUUCCUGCACACUGGGACAAAGGGACCCCAACUGAUCACUCCUACAAGAUUGUUCCUCUGUUAAAGUCUGCGACUGAUUACAAAACAGUAGAAAUGCUGUUUAAGCGGACAAUGUACACAAGCACCAUCCACAGCAUCAGGAGAGUGCAGAAUCCAUCUCUCUGGAGGGUCUUUCAGUGGCAGAAAGAGCAGAUGAAGGAGAGGAAUGGAGGGAAGGAUGUGGAUGAACGUUACCUGUUCCAUGGUACAGAUCAGCAUUUAAUAGAUGCCAUCUGUGAUCAGAACUUCGAUUGGAGGGUCUGUGGUGUUCAUGGGACACUUUAUGGGAAAGGAAGCUAUUUUGCCAGAGAUGCCAAGUAUUCCGAUAAAUACGCUAAAUCCAGUGGCAGGACCAAGAUGAUGUUUGUGGCUCUCGUCCUUGUUGGCGAAUUAACCAGAGGCAACACAACCUACCUACGACCCCCACAGAGGAAUGGAGGGCGGGGCUUUUACGAUAGCUGUGUGGACAACGAAUCCAACCCAGCUAUUUUUGUCAUCUUUGAGAAGUAUCAGAUCUAUCCUGAGUACAUUAUUGAGUACUCUUAGUCCAGCAGUGUACUCUUAAGAACUGAUGGCAUUCUCACAAUUAAAAAAUGAGUUUUACAUAAAAACUUAUUUUUUGUAGAGGGAUCUGAUCAGAAACCUCUAUUAAAAAAAAAAAAAUAAAAAAUAAAAAACUAAACUAAAUAAAACAAAACGAACAAAAACAAAACAAAGCAUGCAGCCUUACCUGAUAAUGCACUUUUUUCUCUAAUCUUUUGGGGAUUUGCUAUGACAACUAUGAGAAUUUAAAUCAACUCUUUUUGUUUAAAUGUUAAACUAGAAACCAGAUAGCAGAUUUUAACUAGGUUGUCCAGUACUGGGUUUUGUUGUAACCUAUAGUGAGUUAUUGAAGAUGCAAUGCUUAAUCACCUUUCCUACUGUGUGAAUUUUAAACUCUGAAAUAAUGAUUAAACUUCAUUAAACAUCUGUAAA